AUGGGCCACUUUUCAGCAGAUCUUCUGUGCUUACUUGGAGUAGUGGCGGCUUCAUCGGUCACCUUUGCUUUGCCUCAGCUCAGCUCGCCUCUUGGUCCUGUGAUCAACCUUGGCUAUGCUGCGUUCGCAGGAAAUUCUACAUCGCUGACAGGCCAAGCCAACAGUCCAGUGACUUUCUUUGGUGGAAUACCCUAUGCACAGCCGCCUCUAGGAGAUUUGCGUUUCCGCGCUCCAGCUCCUCUGGAUGAAAAUGUUGUGAAUAAUACAAACGUUCCUAUCACAGACGCUCGCAAUUGGGGUCCACCAUGUAUCCAGCAGCCAGCGCAAGUCGGAAUUGGAGAAGAAGACUGCUUGACGCUAAAUGUCUGGAAACCUAGCGACGCGAAAGAGGGCGAUAAACUCCCUGUCAUCGUAUACAUCCACGGAGGAGGAUUCUUCGCUGGAGCACCUCAAGGCUUCCCAUUGUACGAUUUGGUCAACCAGUCAAACCCAAAGAUCGUCGCGGUCUCCGUUGCUUAUCGUCUCAAUUUGUUUGGAUUUCUCUCAGGGAGCUCGGUGCAAGCAGACGGCGACCUGAACGCGGGGCUUCUCGACCAGCGGGCGGCCCUUGAAUGGGUCAAACGUCACAUUGCAAGCUUCGGUGGUGAUCCGGAUCAGGUGACCAUCGACGGUGAAAGCGCUGGUGGUGCAAGUAUUGUAAUGCAAAUCGUCGCUUAUGGGGGUUCCAAACCAGUCCCGUUUAAGCGUGGCAUUGCACAGUCAAUUGGCUAUGGGCCGACCCCUACCGCAGAUGAAGCCGAAGCAGCAUUUAAAACUGUUACAGAGGUGGUUGGCUGUCCCAACUCCGGGCCGCAGGCCAUGCCUUGCCUUCGGAAUGCUUCACUUGGUUCUCUUGUCGCCGCCACGAACGCGGUUGCACUAGGCGGGCUUGCGCCGGUUGUUGACGGCUCAAGUGGCAUUCUUCCGCAACUGCCGAAUAGACUCAUUACGUCCGGUGAUUUCAGUUUGGUCGACUUCAUGGGAGGACACUGUUCGACGGAAGGACGCACAUUCGUGGGUGGACCUCCUCAGGACUUCAACACAGAUGCGGAUAUCGCACGACUGGUGUUUGAACGCUGGGGUACUCAUGUCACAAAUGAGACAAUUCAGAAGGCGCUCGCACUUUACCCUGCUCCUGGAACGCCUGGCAGUCCGUUCGUUACAGAGUAUGACCGUGCGUGGACCAUGGCUCAGGAGAUUAUUUUUGGCUGCAUGGACUGGUUCCUCGCGGACAGACUUCGACAGAAGGGCUCGAGCAAUGUCUUUACAUUCAGGUUCAAUUCACCGAAUCCGGUUUUGCUUGCGGAGACUCCAUGGGAGGGUGUGAUGCACACUUCUGAUCUGUUUUAUUUGUUUGACGGUACAACUUCUGCUCCAAAUGCGGGAUUUACGUUCACCCCUUUCAACAGUACUGAGGCUGCCCUCUCGAGAGAAUCGAUUGCAUUCUGGACGUCAUUUGUUUCAUCUGGGAAUCCAUCAACUUCUCGGGAAGCGAUAUCACCCGAAUGGAUGCCUUUCUCGACCGGAGGGCGGAUGGUGCUCAGUCAGCCAAUGAAUUUGAGCUCGAUGAGUGCGUCAAUGAUGGAGGUCACGCCGCCGGAUGAGGUUGAACGGUGCAAGUUCUGGAUGUCAGUGAAUGAGACAGAUCAAACCGAGAUUUGA